UGAAACUAAGAAGCGACGCGAUGGAGCAAAAUAAUAUUGCAGAUAAAACCCAAGUAACAACUGUCUGUUCGUCGGCUCUAAUGGAAAACGUGGCCAGCAUGAGUGCCGAUUCCUGCGAUGACCUGUCCGACAUUGAGCUCAAGGACGUGCCUGCCCAGCUGGAGACCACCCUGAAGCCGCGGCCAUACGAGGCCAGCACUCUGUUCAACAUCAACAUUGAAUCAGAGUAUACGCUUGCACUUAGUGAUAACACACAUGAAGAGGUGUUGGAGAAGUACAAGGAGCGCGCCCAGAAGGAACAGCACAAGUUCUUUGACUUCGUGAUGCGGGCAACACUGGACGAGGACAACCGGCCAAUGAGCUUCAAGCCCAACGAGGAGCAGCAGCGUCACCUCGAUCAGGGCCCCAAUUUGCAGAACUUCGUACGGGGCUCUUUGGAUUUCAUUAAUAUCGCUACACGAUUCCAGGCGAAGCACGAGGAGAUGAUGGAGCUGCUGGACAGCAUAGAGGAUCACACUCAGUUCAUCCAGAAUAACAUGUUCAACAAUGCUGCGCACCAGAAUCUAGCCAGUUAGACAGUAUCCAGCAUAUGACGAAAGGCUACCCCAAAACUGUUGAAAUCAUAGACUUUUAGCUUAGUACGCAGCUAUUUCAAGCUGUAGAAAUUUUUUAAAACCAGCUCCAUUACUCAAUGUGAUAGGUAAACCUAUUAAUAAACUGUACAAAUCAAA